AUGCCCGCUGAGAUCGACACGGGCGGGCCAAGGGUGCUGCACUGUGAUUACCGUGCCGACUGCCCGAUACCGAUCGUAAGAUUAGCUUCCACCGAGUCUUCUUCCCUGCGCCGCGAGAAUAAACUUGUUCAAGGGUCGAUCGUGCGUCGACUACCGCGGAUCAAUUCGCUCGACGAUGGAGCCCUGUGCUCACGACGUUGCAACGGUUUGCCAUCUCGGCGUGUAGGAUGCAGUUCUUCCGUCCAUUCCGGAUACAGGGGGUACCGUCGAGACGAGCGUUGCGCCAGGCUCGACGUUCCAGCGGCGAUCCAUCCGUCGGACACAUACGAACGGGAUGUUUCCCGCCCGGAACAAUUGGAGUCGCGGUUACGCGGCACCAGCGACGUGUUCGAUAGGAACACGAUCGAAGAUCGUGGAUCGACUCGCGGCUAUUCGAACACAGUACGAAGAUAUCGACGAGAUCUAUCGAGGUCGCACGAAAACGAUAUCAUCACCGACGACCGCCACGGCGAACGAGGCUGUUGUUCGAAACGCGACUUUUCGGCGGAGAACUGGCCGCAGGUCCGUGCCGCGGAUCAUCAUCGUACAGGGGAGGCGUUGUUCUCUAGUCAGUCGUGCGACCGUCACGCAUGGACGGAACGGACCUACGAAAAGCUCGUCACGACCAGCACGCUUCCGUCCUUGGCUAUCCAGAGGAAGAAUGCACGGGGGAACGUGCCGGUGGACGCGACGAAUUCCUCGAGUCGCGAGUCGCGCGUCCCCAAGGUCGGCCCGACCGAUGAUCGUCGGACCACCGAGUUUCCACGAUACAACGGGUCUACGAACACCAGCUACCUGAGGGACAGAACGAGGAAGACGAGACGCGAGCAACCCACGAACACCCGUACGUCGUACAUACAGCUCGCCUUUCUCUUGUUCCUCGUCGCGUUCGGUCAGUGCGGUCUCCGGAAAUCGAGUGUGUUCAACUGCAGUGCGAAACCGGGCGGCGGCGCCGGUUUGAGUGUCCUCGCGAUCGGUACGGUUAUCAGUGCAGUGAGUGCCGCGCCGGUCGAUUUGACCGGUGACGCGGGCGUUAGAGCAGAACGUUCCGCGAAUUUGUCACACAUCACCGGCGCGUCCCGGAAAAUUCAGAUGUACAUCAAGAAUCGACAUCUACAGAUCUUGCCGGACGGAACCGUGAACGGAUCGAACGAUGACACGUCGGAUUACAGUGAGUACACGAGCAUUUUUUCUGUUAAGGGGGCACAUAUGUAG